GAUGAUGAGGAUGACGAUGAUGAAGACGAUAAUGCUAAAGAUGAUGUUAGGCGUGGUGGUGAUAAUGGCGGAGGCGGAGGAGGUGAAGGGCAAGAGGAGGAGGAGGAGGAGGAGGAAGAGGAGGGGAAUGACAAAGAUGGAGCGAAGAAAGGCCCUUCGGGUGAUGAGAGGCACCAACGAGGAACUCGAAAAGAAAAAGUGCAAAGAGAUAAGAGGGAGGGGCAGGGAGGAGGAGGAGGAGGAGGGGGAGAGGGGUGAGAGGGUUCCUCCUCCGUUGGACCCCCCAUCGGCAACGCCUUCCUCCUCCACCUCCAGAGGUCAGAGUUCUUCUGAGGACAGCGAGGUGGUCUGGGCGCGUGCCCUAGCUGACCCUCACAGAGGAAGGUGUGGGGGGUCUCCCCCUCCCCCGCCCAGGGCUCCCCCGCAGACCCCCUCCAGCCCCGAUGCAGCCCCAAUCUGGCCUGCCCUGAACGCCGCGGCCGACGCCACUUUGAAACAUGUGGCUCUAGCGUCUUCUGCCUCGUCCGCUCUCAGCAGUCUACCACAGGGCAGUGGCCGUCAUCCACACCACGCUGCCUUCUCUCCUCACCGCCCACCUCCAUCCACCCACCACCCACCUCCCACACGCCCGCAGUCAUUCCCCCUCACCUCGGCCCUCUCCUCCGCAUCCCAGUGGCCCUCGUUCAAAUCCAGUGACAACUUUGUGAUUACCGAGGAAUACGAAGUGGAAUCCUUCGAGGAAUCGGAGGAAACAUUCGAGAGCCGAGUCGACCUUGAGAGCCUGGAGCAGGCGUCGUCGGUCAGUAACAAGGCGCCGCUGACGACUUCGAAGUCAGGAGGAAGUGCCAGUGGGCGGGAAGUGAACAGUGCCUCCUCCUCCCCCUCCCCCUCCCGCCCGAGUGAUGGUCAGUGUCCGACCUCAGUGACGAAUCUCCCGCCGAGUGCCUCCAAAUCCUCCGAGGUCCGGAAAGAGCCCGAUUCCUCGGGGAAGAGAAGUGAUAUGGUUGCCAGGACUGACACGAACAACGAGGCCGGGAAGGCUGCCACCUGCCCCGAUGACCUGAAGCCUUUGCCCCAAGUGCAAGCGAAGCAAGACCCCGACGAGUCGUUUGCCUCGGCGUCAGGUCAUGCACCCCCCUCCCCUUCGGAGGUGUCAGAGGCCUCUUGCAGUAGCGAGGUGGUGCUUCUGAAUAACUCCUCCGCAGGUGGUAGCGAGGGCGGGGAUGCUGGGAAUACAGACAGGAGUAGUGAUGACACUCCACAACCGCCGAAUUAUUCCACACAUCCUGAAUGUAAAGAAUCUGUCGAGUCCCAGAAGGACUUUGAGGAAGAUCCUCCUCAUCCUGCCGUUCCUCCUCCUCCCCAAGGGAAUGCAAUCAUGACGCCUGCGGCCUCUGACUCCUCGUCGGCCGUCACGCAACCUUCGGAGGAGGAUUCCCAGGAGGAGGAGAGGCUGGAGAAACAGAAGGACGACAUUCAGGUGCUCGAGGAGGAAAGUGAGGAAGAAGAGGAGGAGGAAGAAGAGGAGGAGGAAGAAGAGGAAGAAGAGGAACAGGAAGGCGAAGAGACAACGAUGCAGCAGAAGGAAAAAGCAGAGGACGCGACCUUCGAGGAGGAGGAGGAGGUGGAGGAGGAGGACGCCCUCUGUCAGGAGAGUCCUCAGCACACAGUUACAGGUUGGUUGAAAGAUCAUUUAAUUGACGCUGGUGGUGGUGGAAGUGUGAGUGUAUCCAGUUGUGAACACCGCUACACAUCGACAGGCGGGGCCCCUCCCCCUUACUCACGCCUUCCCCCUGAUGGCCACGAAUUCCCAAGCAGCUAUGCCGAGGGUCUUCCAGACAAGCUCUCCCGGUAUGCCCGGUACUCUCGCCUAGCUAUGGAACUGGACAGCCCAGGUAGUUCUACUAGUCCUCCAGCAUCCACAGCCUCCACUCCUCGCACUCGUUCAGCCCCAGGAACCCCGUUGGGGCCACCUCCACCAAUCCCACGCACGUCACCCACUAGCUCGAAGUCCUUCACUACAGAUAGGUCGUCAGACAUGGGGGGCAAGUGGACAGGCGCCGACGAACGCAAGUCAAGGGAGCACACUCCCACACGAGGGCGAUGGCGACGGCAGGACGAACGCAGCGAGAGAAGCGUCAGAGACAAGAUUGCCAUGUUCUCCACUGAUGGGCCUGACCAACCACAUCCAAAAACUAGGAAGUUGGACAAAGUAGACCUUGAGGAGGUUACUAUGAAACGAGCCUUUACCGAAGAUGAUGUCAGGCUAGAGAACUCUACAAAUGGCAAUACCGAGUCAAGUAGGGAUAGUCAUAAUGGGUCACGUUCGCUUAGCAAAACCUCUGCCUUUAGUUCUAUGAUCAAUGUCAGUACAUCAGAACCAAAGGACAAUAUAAAAAUUUCAGCUGCUUCAAGUGAAGUAGAUAUCAGACAAGAAAUGCCUCCAGUAUCACGUCAGCAUGAGUUAAAAGAAGAGAAGCGUAAAGACGAUUCUUCAUCAGCGUCCUCUGGCCUCCACUCUCGAUCUCAGUCUCUCAUUGAUAUUGGCAGAACAUCUCUUACAAAACGCCAUAGUGUUGGAGCCUAUGAUCGUCCCUCUGUAUAUCAGUAUGGUAUUGAAAAGCCAGAGGAUAGAGAGAGACGGACAUCUUUGUCAAACCUCAUUGAACAGAGGCGCAAAAGUUUAAGUAAACUUCGUGGCCUUGUAAUUCCCGAAAGUCGCAAUAAUGAUGGAGAAAAAGCAGCCAUUGAUCUUCCAAAAAUUUCUAGUGUGCCACCAACAGCCAAUCUCAAGACAAUGUCACUUCCUAGAGAAGGUCAGCGAUCCCCUAGAUUGUACAAGGCUGAUUCUAUUUCAAGUAUUGAUUCUUGUGAAUCAAACACUAGUAGGCAAAGCUCACUCAAUGCUCCUCCAUGGAAGAAUCAUAGUACUAGCACAUUGCCCAAGUAUUCACCUGCCUUUAAGAGGAAAAAUAUUGCAGUUUUUAAUAAAUGCGACAAUCUACCUCCACCCAGUGGCAGGACACACAGCACUAGAAGUACAUCUCCAACAAGUGAUUUAUCUCAGGCAUCCCCUGUUCCUCCUGCACACACUCCAACACAUACACCCACUCCACCAAGGAGUCUAGAAACUAUCACAACUCCAAACUCAGAACACUCCUUUGAAUUUUGUGAUAGAUAUCCUAAUGAAAAGCAUAGUUAUAACAAAAUCCCACUCUCCCAGAAGAGCUCCCUAGAUUCUCGGCUUAGCAGAGCUGAAGAUAGUGACAAUGACUCUGCUGUUAGCUCUACUCAGUCUAGUUUCUCCCAGGGCAUGUCUCCACCCUCUUCACCAAUGCCAGAACAUGAUGAUCACGACGAUCGUAGAUAUAGGUCGUAUAGGUCACGUCUUUCUCCCCAAAGCUCUUUUGAUGAUCAAGAAUCUGCAAGAAGAGUUCUCAAAAGAGGUAGUAUUGAGGCAGAAAAUCGAAGAAAUGUUCUUAAUUCGGCAAGGUGUAGUUCCGGACGUAGCAGUGAUGAACAGUUAACACCCGAAAUAAUUAGAAAAUUCUCAUCUGAAAGGGAAGAAACUGAUAAAUUCCCCCAACGGUUGGAUACAGAACUGAGAGAUGGGCCAAAAACAUUAGGACUCCGUCGACACCCAUCAACUUCAUCCACAUCGUCAGCCACUUCCUCACAUAGAUCAUCUCAUGACUCUUCAAGGCGGAACUCACGAGAUUCUGUCAUCCAUGUAGCCAAGCAUGAAGAAGUUAAAGUUUCAGCUGAGCCUGUGUAUUUUGAUCAGGAAGGAGAAAUGUACAAAGAAGCCCAGGUGAAAGUAGCAUAUUUGAAUGAAAUCAUGGAUGAUUUUGAACAGCUGGGUGAACCUAACAAUGAAGACGUAAUAGCUGAAAUUCCAAUGUCAUCUUCCAGAAGGGUUGUAGAACAUGCUGAAUAUACAGAAUCAUCAUCCUUUAAGUCUACUAACAGAAAAUCUGAACGUUGGGCAGCUUUAGAAAUGAAGUAUGGUUCAACUAACCCAGAAACUGAUAUAGAGUCAAAGAUUCAGAGGUUAAGAAGGGUUUCUGACUCAACUUCACCAGACAGAUCUAGGAAGAAUUCCAAUGGCUUUAAGGCUCUAGCUGAGAGAUGGCAACAACGUGCCGAAGAGGUAACUGUUGCACCACAGCCACAGCUUGUACGAAGAGAGAGUACUAGUCGUCUUGAAAUGCCAACCAAGUCCAAUCGUCUUUACGAUGAUAGAAGCUCAGUUUCAUCUACUUUGGAAAGGCCUACACGUCCAUCCAGGCUAUGUGAUGAUUCUUCUGAACUAGACAGUGCCCGACCCUCUCGCCCAACUUGUUUGUACAGUGAAUCUUCUCAGUCUUCCACAAGCAAUAAUAGUAGUGAUGCACGUGCUGGUGUUCUGGAUAUCCCCAGAGCAGACGUACCAGAUAGGAAACUAUCCAUGCCAGAAUAUGGCAACAGUGGCAUCAAGUUGCGAGAACGUCGGGAAGCAAAUAGUGGUGGUGCUCCUUCUCGACCCACAAGCCUGAUUGAAGGUGGUGAUAGCAAUGUUAUGGAUUCUCAUUACCUUACUGGAGGUGGGCCCUUAAGUCCAACAGUGUCUACAGACUCCAGAGAUGACUUGUACACUCCAGAGGACUCGCUCUCGAGAACAGGAAGUAAAGAAGUUCUGGACGCAUUCUCCCGUCCAAAAGCUACCAUUGGGAUAUCCAUUCCCCGUUCUGGUGCGUCCAACACACCGAAAAUGUCUGAUAUUAUGCGAGCUUUUGAGAGGCAUGAUCUUGGAAAACGUGGAAACUUAGGCAAUGGGACAUCUCACCCUCGCAUGUCUUCUCUCGACUCGACGACCAGUGACGACGGUUCUCAGGGAGCUCACUAUGGAUCAGUGACUUCAUUAGCCUCAGGACAGAGGGACCAGUAUGGUUCCAUCACGUCUUUGGCCUCUUCCACUUCUCUGAUUUCUCCCCAGGAGUUAGCGCAGCUGAUCGAGGAAGCCAAUCAGUCCCUGGAGGAGUCCGGAACGCCCUCGCACGAGAUCCUAGUAGUAGUCCUGCACAGGGAAAUCGUAGGGCACGGAUCCAUCGGCAUCACUCUUGCUGGAGGAGCUGACUACGAGGCCAAGGAAAUCACGGUCCACAAGGUGAUCCCUGGGAGCCUCGCGGAUCGUGACGGAAGGAUCCAGCGCGGAGACCGUGUCCUGUCAAUCAACGGCAAGAACCUUAGGGGCGUCACGCAUCGCGAGGCGCUGAACAUACUCAAGUCACCACGUCCCGAAGUUGUACUCGUUCUGUCAAGAAGUAGAUCGGUUACUCCUCAGGAAUCCAGUUUAACAGAAGGAGACGGGAAUUUCCACAGACCCCUUAUCAAUCACGUUACAUCCCCAAGGCCACCCAAGAUUCUCGAGUCGCCUAUGGACAGCAAGUCACUCUUCUCGGAUGCUGCUGCCACAUUAGUUCCUCGAGGUCCUCCUCUCACCAUAACCCUGAUGAAAGAUGGAGCUGGAUUGGGAUUCUCUUUGGAAGGUGGUAAAGAUUCCCCACUAGGAGACCGCCCACUCACUGUAAAGAAGAUAUUUAGUGGUGGUGCUGCUGAUAAAGGGGGAGUACUAAAAGUUGGAGACGAACUUGUCAGCGUGAACACAGUUGACGUGACUGGCAUGGCACGCAUCGAGGCCUGGAACUUCUUGAAGAAACUUCCAGACGGCACCGUUUCACUGGUGUUGCGACAGAAACUGGAAGACAGUACAUCAAAGAGUGAAGAGUAAAAUCAUGUAUACCGUACUUACUGUAAUCAGUUAAUGUAUACUAUUUUUACUGUAAUCAGACUAUUCAGUUAUUCAGUUGAAUAUUUUUUCAUUCCUAUUGUCAUAAAAUAACUCGCUCUUGGAGACUAAUUGCUUACACACUAUUUACGACUUGACGUUGGACGUCAUUUUUAUAAAUCGACUAACCUGAAUCAUUUCACAAUGAAGCAUUCCUUCAUUAAGUAAUAUUAGAAGUUGGGUAAAUAAUGAAUGUAAUUAAUGGUACACAAACCAGUGUACUCGACAAAUGAGCGUAUCUGAGCAGUAUACUUUUAAUAAUUUGUAUGUAACUCUGCUAUAUGUACAGUAUAACCUAAAUUUAUGACCAAUACUGUUGUAACCUUACGUCUCCUGAUGACUGAACUGUCUCGCAAUGUUAGUCACGCGUUCUCCCAUAUAGUCUAAACUGCUGAACUACUACAAAAAAUGGUGGAGGCUUGUUUGUAGGCCUAUAUAGACGGGAGUGUGGGAGUGUGGUGCUAAGGGGCUGUGGCAUGGUAAUGGUGGUGGUGUGGCCUUCUUUAUCUAAGACUUCUCACAAAAAAUAUGAUUGACUCGUCAAAGAUGAAACUCUCUUGUGAAGAGAGUUUUAUGAUGACGAUGGAAGUUACACACAACGAGUAGGCCCCCCUGAAGCUGGUGCCUGCUGUGUCUGCCAAUCCUCAACUGUGAUAGGCACUGCUUGCAUGUGAGGAAAAUGCAAUUGGGAAACGUCUGUGUUUUUGGUCCAGUGUCACUGAGUUGCAAUCUUUUCAGAUAGUGCCACAUUGCAUUUGCAAGCAGUGCCAUAUUCUCAUUUUUUUUCCUUUAUAUAAACUUUAAUUUCAGACUGACCUGCCUGCCUGCUGUUCUUGUUGUCUCACAUAUUCUAAAAUCUAUAGAUACAUACACGUCUGCAUAAAUCACAUAUACGAUGAAUGUGUUUAACGUCACGGUAUCUUUUUCAUAUCACUAUUCAUAUUGAUCUCUGAUGUCAGUUAUAAAAUUUCCAUCACAUUUCUCCCCAGUCACACAGUAAUGUCAUUCUGCUUUUCAUACUACAAAGAGUGAGAAAGCGGUUUCCCCACAUUACUAGAGAAAACUGGAGCAGGCAGAAUGAAUGACUUCAGUGAAGAACUUAUUUUGUGGAGCAAAAUAGGAUUCUUCUUCCCACACAUUUUUUCCGCCUCUGUCAUAUUUGUAUCCUAUGAAGCUUGCAAUUGUGCAAAGAUGCAUUGCAUGAACCAACAAUGCAUUUCAGCUGAUUCUCUUGUAAAAUAAUGUAAAUAUUGUUUUUAUGAACCUUUAUAAUUAUUAUUGCAUAUUACAUUUUACCAUAUAAAUGGCUUUUAUAUGAAGAAGAGUUUUAGAUAUAUCAAAUACGCAGCCUAUGUACACUUCCCAGUGUUGUGCUGACUUACAUAGGCUUUUUAUAAUGUUUAUUCUAGUUUAUUUAUAUUACUGCAUAGCUUUGAUUACUUCGCGUGAUUAUAUCUUUGCAUAUGAUCACUGGAAGGAUAACUGUGGUAUUCAUCGCUAUUGUUUUUUGGGAACCUGCUUUAAAUGACUUAUAUUUUACGGUUUGGCGCUCUGGAGUCUCCAGAGGGCUACAACCAAUUGUUAUUUUAUAUGCUUUAUGUAAAGAAUGAAAUGUAAUAGACUCCAUUAUGAUGUAUAUAACUUUUAGUUAAAAUGAUUACAUGUUAUUUAGUUAGAGCCUCAGCUUUGUAAGGGAAGGCGGACCAAAUAAAAUUCAUAUAAUUAA